AUGAUCGGUCGAGUGAUGCGCAACGUGCUCUUAAUCUUCCGUUUACUGUUCAAACUCUUGACGUUUUUGCGACUGAAUUGGAUCGCAAAGUUUCUCAGACUUCUCUUGUUCUCCGCGCUGUUAUUGCCGGCUUUUAUUCGGAUCGGGUGGUUCUACGUCACGGACGGAAGAAUCAAAAGAGGCAUAAAGUACGGGAAAAACGCGAGGAAUUUUUUAGACGUCUACGUCCCAUCAGACGAGGAAGACGAAGACGUCGAGGAAGGAGGAGGAGGAGAGACCAAACAAAAGAAACAGUUGAAGCCGGUGGUUAUUUUUGUCACCGGCGGGGUGUGGAUCAUUGGAUAUCGAGUUUGGGGCGCCUUGUUAGCCAAAAGUUUGCUCGAAUUUGGAGUCAUAACGAUAUGCAUAGAUUAUAGAAACUUUCCUCAAGGCGUGUGCGGUGAUAUGGUGGAAGACGUAGCGAACGGGAUCGGAUACGCGGUGAAUGCGGCGAAAAGUUUAGGCGGAGAUCCGAGGAAGAUUAAUUUGAUCGGACAAAGUGCGGGAGCGCACUUGGCGGCGCUUUCGCUCUUGAAACAAGCGAGUCUGAGGGAUGAUUUGAAGGAGACGUGGCACGCGAAAGAUAUCAUCGGGUUUGUAGGCAUUAGCGGCAUUUAUCAUCCGGAAAGCGAAGAGCUGAUUGCGCACUUCGAUAGACAGGGCCUUCACAGGAAGAUAUUUUUUUCCAUAAUGGAGGCGGGUUUCAGUGGUCGACACAUCGAAGCGUUGGGGAGGAACUCACCAUCGGAGAUGGUUAAGUUGAUCGGUGUCGAAUGCGCACACGUCUUGCCGAGGUUUCUUUUGAUCCACGGCGAGAAAGACGUGUCGGCGCCUACCAGAGAGAGCCGAAACUUCGCGCCAACAUUAUCAAACGCAGGCAUUAGCGUCAUGGAAAAGUAUUACAAGAGCAAAGGUCACGUCGAGCCCUUCAUACUCGAUCCAAUCCUUGGAAGGUCGGAGGAUGUUUUGCUGGAAGAUUUGUUGACGUUCAUCUUCCGCCGCGAAGGUUUAAGUAAAACGUUUAAACGACAACCGUUGAUGCGUCCGCGUUUCAUCGUUGAACUUGCGAAAAGGGUGGUCCCUUUUUAA